AUGGCCCUGCGCGCCGUCGCCUCGCGAUCCGCGGCGCUGCUCCGCCUCUCGGCCGCGCGGCACGCGAGCGACGCGCCGCGGCGGUGGCCGCCGCUCGUGGACCGCGUCAUCGACCGCGUGUCGUCGACCACGGGCCUCCACGAGCUCACGCAAUUGAAGGACGACGUCGCCGCCGCCGAGGCGGCCCACGAGGCCGCCGUCCAGCGGCGGUCCGAAGCCCUGGCGGCCCACGACGCCGCGGUCCAGGGCCGCGCGUCGACGCAGUCCGAGCUCGCCGUGCUCCUCCAGCGCCGCGACACGUGGGACGCGGCCGACGUCGCGCGCUUCACCGCGCUGACGUCGACGGAGCACGGCAUGCGCGGCGGCCUCGAGGAGAGCCUCGCGGCGCGGACGAGCGCGGAGCUCGGCGCCGACGCCGCCCAGCGCGACUUCAUCAAGGCCGUGCAGCGGCGCUACCACGGCGAGCUCCUCUGGCAGGAGAAGUACCGCGCGCUGUCGCUCUACUCGACGUGGGCGCUCAUCGGCGUCAACUCCGUCAUCUUCCUCGGGUCGUCCGUGCUGCGCACGCGCACGGAGCGGGAGCGCAUGGACGCCAUGAGCGCCGCCGUGGCCGACCUCGCGGCGGCGGCCGCGCGCGCGGAGCGCGUCGCCGCCGCGGCCGCCGAGGCCGAGGCCAAGGCCGCCGCGGCCGCGCCCGCGCCGCCGCCGCCGAGGCUCGCCGUGCUCCGCGCGCGGGCGGCGGCGGCCCUCGCGGCCGCGCGCCGCGCCGGGACGCGAUGCCGCGCCGCGGCCGCGGCCGCGGCCGCGCGGUGCUCGUCCCGCGCCGGGGACGCGUGGGCGCGGUGUCGGGCGCGCGCCGCGGAGGCGACGCCGGCCUCCGUCGCGGCCGGCGUCCGGCGCGCCGCGCGCGCCGCGGCGACGCGCCUCGAGGACCCGCGCGUGAGCGCCGGCGUCGGCGUCGCGUGCGGCCUCGCCCUCGCGGAACUCCUCGGGGCCGUCCGGGUGAAUUAG